UAAAAUUCUCUCUCUUCCUGACAAUUGGAGGUAAAAUGUACCUAAAGGGUAUUUUGGAAAAUAUUUAAAUAAAUACAAUGGAUCAUACAUACCACCGGGCUGGCGCGAAUGGGGUGGCCUGAUAAUGAACUCCAAAUACUAUAACUAUAGUGUGAACAUGAACGGGAAGAAGAUUAAGCACGGCUUCGAUUACAGGAAGGAUUAUUAUCCGGACUUGAUAGCAAAUGACAGCAUUGCCUUUUUACGCCAGAGCAAACAAAAUUUUGCUCGCAAGCCGUUGAUGCUUGUUGCCAGUUUUCCAGCACCACAUGGCCCUGAAGACUCUGCACCACAAUUCUCCGAACUUUUUUUCAACGUUACAACUCACCACACACCCGCCUACGAUUACGCACCAAAUCUCGACAAGCAAUGGAUCCUUCAAGUGACUCAAAAAAUGCAACCGAUUCAUCGCCAAUUUACUAAUCUCCUCAUGACAAAAAGAUUGCAAACUCUGCAGAGUGUGGAUGCAGCGGUAAACCGAAUUUAUCAAGAGCUGAGGGACCUCGGUGAACUUGAAAAUACUUACAUCAUUUAUACCUCAGAUCAUGGAUAUCACCUCGGACAAUUUGGCCUGAUCAAAGGAAAAAGUUUUCCAUUCGAAUUCGACGUUAGAGUACCAUGUCUUGUACGUGGACCUGGGGUCGAGCCUGGAUCUGUAAUCGAUGACAUAAUUUUAAACAUUGACUUGGCACCAACCUUCUUGGACAUAGCAGGGGUUGAAACACCACCACAAAUGGACGGCCGUUCAUUCAAGAAGCUGUUUCUAAAUAAUAAGUAUGGUCGAAGAAGCAAAUUCAAAUGGCCUGAUACAUUUCUGAUUGAAUCAUCGGGCCGUCGAGAAUCGCCGGAAUCAAUCGUUGAAAUGCGAGUGACGAUGAACCAAUAUGACCCAAUGACGGUAAAACAUCCACCGAAUACAUCUCCCAUCGAAGGGUCUGACAACAAUGAUAAUAAUUCUAAUGUUGAUAACAACGCCGAGUUCACGCAUUUGAGGUUUGAAAACGAGGCUGGAAGUGAUCAGGAUUUAUCUGAAGAAGACGAUUUUGAAGAUCUGAUCGGCGACGAUAACAGUCGAGAUCGUCAUCUAGAUAACGGGUUGAAUCCGCUAUUCCACCGAUCUCUUGGCUCGAAACAUGAACGUUUGGCAUUGGAGUGUUCAAAAUCAGAAGCCCAGGCUAAUUGCGUGUCGGGUCAAAAAUGGCGAUGCGAGCGAGAAGGAAACCGAUGGCGGCGACACAAGUGCCGAUAUUCUUCCCCGCUGCCGCUUAAGUUUCCACCGAUUCAAUCAAUCAGAGCGUCGAAAAAGUGUGCUUGUUUCACACCGAAUGGGGUUGUGUAUACGAGACUGGAGACGAAUGGUUACGAGGGUGACAAAUUCGAUCACGACCAUGACAAGGAAACAGGUGUUCAUGGCGAUGAGCAAGGAUAUGUAUCAAGGAGAGGUAAAAGAGGGUCACCAAGUGAAGAAUCGAACUAUCACAUGAUGAAGUCGGGAAAUAAGCUUAGAAUGUUGGGGGAUGAUGAAAACUUGGCAUCAAUGAAAAUGAGUGGUAGUUUGUUGGGAGAGGAAGAAAAUGACCAUGAAGAAAUAUGGCAUUGCAGCAGAAAAACAUUCGAUACAACGCUGGAGAAUUUCGUGUCAGGUAUAUUAGACAUCAAGGAUUUGAUAAGACGUCAUCGUCGGGUGUGUCGAAGUGUCACGAAGAAGGAUACAAUUGAGCACGUUACAAAAAUAAUGGAAAGUAUCGAAGAAGAAUUGCAUGAUUUAAAAAUAUCACAACAGGGGCGGAAAUUGCCGGAGCCUGAUAUGAAAACUCCAGCUGGAGUACCACGAUGUUUGCUGUUGCCGAAGGGUGGAGGAGUAAACUGUACGAAAUUAGUAUAUUAUGACCCAACCGAGUGGCGCAUCUCUAGGCGUGAGGUUGAACAACAAAUAAAAGAGAUGAGGAUACAAUUGGAGACGUUGAAAGAAAUUCGGCGUCAUUUGAUAGUAAAAAAACCUCAGCUGAUAAAUCAAAAUGGAGUAGUGGAAGAAAAGGAAGAGACAGAGGAGGUGGAGGGAAAAAAAACUAACAGACAUAGCAUUUAUCAACACAUAAAUAAAGAUGACAAAAUUAAAAACCAUGCUAUUAACUUAGACCAUCAAAAAAAUCAUACGAGCCGUCAUCACAACAAGCACGGGAAAAUUUCACCGUUUACGAUGAUGCCCUCUCUGAAAUACUCGAGCGUCGUACCAAACACUUCCACAACGAUGACACCUCCAAUAAGCUUCGAUUUUUUGACACCCGGCAAAUUUACGAUUUUUCCGGCAUCACACACAACGGAAACUUUACGACCAUUGAGAUCUCGGCAGAAUCUUCGUAGACAAAAGUCUAAGGAAAUAAAUCGAUUGGGCAUGGACGACGAAAAAUCGACGAAACAAAAUAAAAUUCAUAACAAUAAAAAAAAUGUGACUGUCCUGACGAACAGUGUGCAUGAUAAAGUCAUCGAUAUGAACGUUGUAAAUAAUAUAACGAGUUCUACUACACGAGCGCCAUCGUUACCACAACGGCAUCAUCGCUAUAAUGCAGGCAAAAUAACGACUCUUCCAAUCUCGCGGAACUAUAAUCUUCAAACUUUCACAAAAAUCACUACCUCUGCAGAGAAAGCCGUUACAGGAAUGAAUACAGAUCCUUUGUUAUCGGAAAUAACAAUAUUACCCUCUGUUAAUGUUACGAAUCUGGCACCCCGUAUUAACGUGCCUGCAGUUUCGACAACAUUUUCGGUACCAGUGAUGGCUACGAAUCGUGAAACCUCUUCAAUCCUAACUUCAACAACCCGAAAGCUCACCAGAGUCUCCAAAAAUCGAACUGGUACUCUUGGACCUGCCAGAAUUGACGUAACAAUUUUGGAACCUUCCGAUGGCAGAAACAAACAAGCAAAAACUACGACGAGCAGCAAUGGCAGAUUACCACCUAUGUUGAACAGUCCACUGGAGGCUCGUCACAAAUGUUAUUGUGAACCAGAUGCGGCUCAGGUAAAAAGAAAUGAGAAAGAAAUAGCAAAAGAAGAGAGACGAAAACUGAAGGAGGAAAGAUUACGCAAGAAAGAAAAAAAAAUAAAGAAAAAAGCCAAAUUCGAGGAUGAAUGCUUCAAACCUCGUAUGAAUUGUUUCGUCCAUGAUAACGAUCACUGGAAAACCGCACCCUUAUGGAGAGAAGGGCCUUUUUGCGCCUGCGUUGACUCAAACAAUAAUACAUAUUUUUGCCUUCGCACCAUUAAUUCAACACAUAAUUUCCUGUAUUGUGAGUUUGCAACCGGGACCGCAACAUAUUAUAAUCUGAGAAUCGAUCCUUUCGAACAAUGGAACAGAAUUUCGUCAUUGUCAGUUGCCGAAAAAUCAUAUUUGCACAACCAGUUGGAACACCUCAAGAGAUGCAAGGGUACAAGAGACUGCACGGUUGGCAUUGCGCGUGAUUCAAGUACUCAAAUUCAACAUCAACGAUACGUUACCAAGAAAAAAUAUACUUUUGAGGAUAUAUUCGUGCCAUCGGCAUUGCAAAUAAUACGAGAGAGUGAGCUUGGCAACCUGCCUAACAAGAGACGUAGAAAGAUGCCCAAGCGAAGUAGAAUCUGGCAAAGUAACGUUCGACAUCACGAGAAUACAUUGAACAACCGAAGACAUCGUAACCACUAUCAAUAAAAAUAAUUAAAUAAUUCGAAUCUAUCGACACCAUACAGAGAGAACAAAAUUACAAAUAUCACAAAAGUCAACAAAUUCGCCAAACAUGCAAUCGAAAUCAUAUUUCAUAAAAUUUCGUUUGUAUAUUACGUUUUUUUAAAUUCGUUGAUUUCCGUCGCCGUGCGAAUAUAGGAUAGAUGUGGUUCGAUUAUUGGUAAUUGAUUCAACGUUUACUAUAAUAGCAAGCUGGAUUUCCAUAGUUCUACAAUUUAACCCCUUCGUUGGCAUUCAUGCAAUUGAGCGUCAAAUUUUACGGAUCCGCUCAAAAUAGAGAAAUUAAAAAUGGCGGAUCCAAAAUAACGCAUUAAAAUACAAAAACUGAUUUGAAUUGGAUGAAACUUUGCAAUCGGGGAUUUUCGAGGUCGCUUGUAACAAAUCAGCACUCAAGUACGGAAAUUCAAGAAGAUGUUUCCAAAAAAUGUUGAUCCAAAAGAGCGAACAAAAAUAAAAAUAUUGUUUUAAAUUCGAUCAAAUUGGUACUCGGGAGUUCUUGUGAUCGGUGAUUACAGAUCUGAUUUCACAAAACUAAACAUCUAAAUGAAGUACGGGUUACGUGAAUUCAAAACCUUAAAUAGUUGAAACGAAAUUGCUCCGUCGCAUUUUGUUCUAUAUUGACCCUGAAUGUUUAGAUUCUAUGUGAGUUUAUAGUGAAAUUAUAUCCACAAAAAUUUUUUGCAAUUUAAAAGUAGAUUCAUAACCACCGAUUUCAAAGACCCUUGAGUACACAGUUUCAUUCGAUACUAACCAGAAUUUUCGCAUUCCAUUUUCCAUUUUGAAUGCUGAUUCGUAAUCAGCAACCUCGGAAACCCCGGAGUACUAGUUUCUGUGAAGAUCCAAAAACUUUUUUUCCUGACGUCAUACGUAUUUAGCGUGGAAAAUGUCUUGCCGAUUCACUUUCGAUUGUGAACGAUUGUUGAUCUAAAUUGUUGAAAUUUUUAUUUUAUGAUGGUAUAGAAGUAGAUUUAACUUCCGUUCUUGUCAUAUACAUUAAAUUUUGUUCAUCAUGCAACACUGGUUUCUAACCAAUUUCUUCGACAUUUCCACCGUUUCGACCUGACGAGUUUUUUUUUUUGUAAACGGACGACUUGCACGACGAUUCGAUUGGGGUUGCUCGUUUGCAUAUCAUAAUUUUCACCUUAUUUGCACAUUGUUAAGAGAAGUACAAAAAUGGUGAACCUCGUUGAAAUUAUUACCAAUAUUCUCAGGCAUGUUGGCGUGAUUUUACAAAAUAAUGGUUAACCCUGAUCGCAUGCACAUGACUCAGUGGAAGAAACCUACUUUUAAUCAACUCGAUAAUCAAUUAGUCGUUAUCUGCAUUGAUGUAUAUUGAAAUUAUUGUGACAUGGCAGCUCAAAAGUGACCCUUUCUCACAGUUUCGUUCUUUCUCUAAUAUGAUUGGAACGAACAAUCUUGGCAAAGUAUUAAGGAUUUUUGAGCUUGCUGUGAAAUAAGAAUAAUGCUCUAAAAACACAACGAAUAAAAAGUAAGAAAUUUUACUCAAAACAAGGUAAUUUGUGCAAAAACGAUGCGAUUGAACUGUUUUUAAAAAAGCUCAAGCUCUAAAUCGAAUUUUUUUUUUUUUAAUUGCCGUUACAUUUCUGCACUGCCAGUAUCAUUGAUUGAUUAACAAAAUAAUGUUCUUGGGAACAAAAUUAUAAAAUCAUUACAUCUAUUUAUCGGGACAAUAAAUAAAUGAAUUCAAUGUCAACACGUUUUAAUGUUUCCAAUCAUAUGAAAAAAAAGAAAUUCAAUCACUUAGUAAAGUGAUUAUAAUUUUUGUAAAUAGAAAGUAAUAAAUAAUUAGGUGGUAGUAAAAUUGUACUGAUUUGAUUAAUAAUGACAUAAUUGACAACAAAAGUAGUCUAAUGAUCAUAAUAUUGAAUAGCAUAAUACAAUUAAACAUAUCUGGUAAAGCAGUUGGAAACUCGUCGAAAAGAAAACGAAUGUAUGUGCAGUAUGUAGCUAUAUUUAGAGUCACGGCAGCGACUCAGAGACAAGUACAUUCGUGUUAUGACGAGUUGCUGCCAAAGACUUUUUCAUAUAUAUUAACAAAUUAAAUUGUGAUAUGCAUAAGUCUUGAGCUCUUCAUUUGGUAGUACUGUAACGCGGAAUAGUCUCCGAAGCCGCCCAUACAUACACCCGCGCCAUCAUACAGGAAACUCUGAGAACAUAAUAAACAAUAAUUAUAAAGAUUAUUAAUAACAACCAAAAUGCAUUAUUCAGUCCCCUGAACAAAUUGUCAAGAACGAGGUAUUCCAACAACAAUAAGAACAAUGAAAUUGUAUAAAUAGAAGAAAGUCGUGAAGACAGGGAUCUUCGACUCAUAAUAAAAUCGGAUCUUGGAUGACGAACGCCAUGGAAGCACCGUUCCUGUGGCCACUCUAAAGACAAACUUUCUGCAAGACACACUGCCAGUAUGCGGUGUGGCGGUUGCGAUGCAACAGCCAUUUUCUGUUCCCCCCCUGCAAAACAAAAGUUGCUUCAGUUGAACAUGUAGGGUUAUGUGAUAAAACCACACACUCAUCAGAGUUUUUUAAAAUUUUUAUUAUGUAAACAAAUGGUUUUUGAUUAUUUGAUUAGUUUUUAAGAUUUCUUUUCAUUUAUGAAGUAAAUGAUUUUUCCUAUUAAUCAAGUAUGUGAAAAGUAGUCCUGUAAAGAACUAAUUUGUAAAAACGAAAGUAAUCACUGAAACUCAGCAAUUCCACUGUCAUCCCAGACACAGAUUAUGUGCAAAAUUUCUCAAAUUGUAACGAAUACAGAAUAUGUAAAAUAUUUAAGCGCCAAAGUAUAUAGUAGUAUUACAAAAAAAAAUAAUUUUUAAUGUGUUACCCACGAAAUCCUCAUCAUAAAUAAUUAUUGAAUGGAAUUAUAUCUAAAAUGGAAUUUCAAAGAAUUUGACUUUCAAAACUAUUAUUUUAGUAGUAGUAUUAAGUAUUUUUUUCUUAUCACUGUAAAACAUUUCUGUAUGAAAAUUGAUAACACGUAUAGAAAGUUUUUACGCGGACACGGUGUAUGAAAUUUCAAAUACUAUUUUUGAAAUACAAAACUGGGUAUUGUGCCAGUAAAAGUGUAGCCCAUGAAAAUGAUUAUACUUGUAUAUAUGAAAUAUGCACAUGCAAUGGAAUUUUGACUUUCAUGUAUAUUAACAUUAAAAGCCAUUUGCUAAUAUUAA